AUGAAGUGCUUAUAUUGGAAUAUAAGGGGAUUAGCUAACUCCCCAUCAAGGUUAGCCCUUAAAAAUUUAAUUACUGCUCAUAAACCACAUAUUGUCAUUAUCUCUGAACCUUGGCUUUUGUUUGAACAUUUCCCUAGACAUUGGUUUCACAGACUGCGUUUUAAACUCUUUGCCCUAAAUACUAGAAAUAAUCUUGAUCCUAAUCUAUGGUGCUUGUGCCUCAAUCAUUUAACCCCUGAUGUUUUGUCCAUCACUGACCAACAAAUUACUUUUUCCCUAAAAGACAACAACAUAACUUUUGCUAUAUCAGCCAUAUAUGCUUCCACCAACUACAUACAUAGGAGACAACUCUGGCAAACCCUAACAAACCUUCAAAACCAAUACAAUUUACCUUGGUGCUCUAUUGGUGAUUUCAACACCAUAUUGGGGUCUCAUGAGCACAGGGGUACCUCAACUCCAGCUAGAGGUCCCAUGAAUGAUUUUGCUGAAUGGUCCAAUCAAAAUUAUCUUUUCCAUCUACCAACUAGAGGAGUGCAAUUUACCUGGUCCAGUGGUAGGAGUGGACGAAGGCUCACCGAAAGGAGGUUAGACAGAGCAAUAUGCAAUCAAUCAUGGUUGGAUAUGUGCUCCGCUUUAAAUGUUUCCACUCUCUCAAGGCUGAAGUCUGACCAUUUUCCUUUACUAAUGGAUUUUGAAACCUCUACAAUCUCUUUUGCUUCACAAUUUAAAUUCAUGAAUAUGUGGAGUUUGCAUGCUGAUUGUAAAAAUCUGAUUCAACAAAGUUGGAAUGAAACUGUUGUGGGAUGCCCUAUGUUUAUUUUGAACCAAAAGCCGAAGAACCUCAAACAAAAACUCAAGAUAUGGAACAAAACAGUUUUUGGCAAUCUCAACUCGAUAGUUAAAGAAGCCGAACAAAAGUUGCUAUACAUCCAAGAUGAAAUUGACUCCAAUGGUGCCACUGAAACUCUUCUUGAACAUCAAAAAAUGGCACAGAUUUCUUUGGAGCAUGCUUUAGAAAUAGAAGAGGAGUUUUGGAGGGAAAAAUCCAAUAAUGCUUGGCAUGCUCAAGGAGACAGAAACACCAAAUAUUUCCACAGACUAGCCAACAUCAAACACACAUCCAAACGCAUUGAUUCUAUUAAGGAUGGGGAGAACUUGAUUAUUGAGCCAGACAAAUUUCAUCUCACAUAA